AUGGCCUCUGCCGUGGUGAUGGCCGCAAGCCCACCAUUCAAGCUCGAUGCCGGCACUGCUUUCUCUCUCGCCAUUGCCUUUUCCCUGAUGCCGUCGGCGCAGGUAUUAGCAGCUUACGCUCUCCCCAAGUCCACGCCUAGGAAGCUGUACUUUCUCUUCUUGUGGCAUGCAUACGACUUUCUGACCCACUUUAUCAUCGAGGGCAGCUACCUUUACCACUGCUUCUUCUCCUACCAGCAGUUACCUGCCAGAACACCAGACAUCUCGCACCCGGCGGCCUGGGGCGGGGAGCCACAAGCCUACUUGUACAAUCGACCUGACCGACGCUACGGUGCCCUAUACUCGCAAGCGCCAAUGGCGAGGUUGUGGCAAGAAUAUGCAAAAGCCGAUCGACGAUGGGGUGGAGCAGACCUGACGGUCAUCUCGCUGGAAAUACUUACUGUCGGCUUGGCUGGACCUGCCGCGGUGUACAUAUGCUAUCUGAUAACAAAGGUCACCAAUUCGGCAGACGAGGCUCUCAAAGGUCGAUAUCUACCGGCACUCUGGUUCACUGUCAUUGCGCUGGCAACCGGAGAGUUGUAUGGAGGGUUCAUGACUUUUGCACCAGAAUGGCUUAGCGGCAACACUGCACUUGCAGGAGAUGAUCCAGUCUACCUCUGGUUAUACCUGGUGUUCUUCAAUACGUUGUGGGUCUUCAUACCCCUCUGGGUUCUGUACACGGCCUUUGUGGAGAUCUCCUCCGCCUUCAAGGUUGCAACGACCAUGAAUGCCACGAAGAAGAGGACUUGA